CCGAGCCUGACGUAUAUGUCAAUAAUAAUUAUUAUUAUUAUAAUAAUUGUGUGUGCGCGCGCGCGCGCGUUAAUUAUAUUAUUAUUUAUUCAAGUAAAUGGCGGUAAAACGAAAACCCGCCUAUCUUACGUUGGCGGAAAAAGUGAGUUUGAUCAAACAGGUCGAGAGGAAUCCUAAGAAAAAACACAGUAUCGCCAUCAAAUUCGGCUUGACCAAAAGUGCUUUGACCGGGUUGUUGAAAGCCAAGUGUACGGUUCUGAACAAUUUCCAGUUGUUCGGUGCCGGAGCUAAGUCGGUCGAACCCAAAACGACGCCGAAAGCUGCUGCUGCUCGUCUUUGCGGUAAAGAUGAAUCGCGGACCAAAACUGUUCCGUCGGAUGAAACCUGUGGGAAACUUUCCAAGCGGUUUGUGCAGAAAAAUUUAACUUUCAGCUUAGACGGACAAACAGAAUCGUCUCUCGUGCCCAUUCGUAAGAAUUCUGAAGUGGGGUCCACUCCGGUACAAAUCGCAUCCGUCCUGGACGACUAUUGUCCCAGCGAUAUUUUUGCCGCCUUUGAAUUCGGACUGUUCUACAAGUGUCUUCCCGACGAAGCUGCCGCGUUGAGAGGUCAACAGUGCGAAGACGGCAGCCGGAGCCGAGAACGUGUAACCAUAUUGAUUUGCGCCAACUUCAAAGGCGACGAGAAGCUCAAGCCUUUGGUCGUGGGCUUCGAAGACACGGCGCCCGGGUGUUACGAACGGCUGCCCGUCACGUACGGUGUCGACGAAAGAGCGUGGAUGACCGAUUCGCUGUUCGAACGUUGGCUGACGGACUUGGACCGGAAAAUGCAAGCGGAAAAACGAAAAAUCCUUUUGCUAAUCAACGGCCCUGGUCAGGCUUGUCCUGUUCCGGAAUUGCGAGCGGUAAACGUCCGGUUUUCCCAUGGACGGUCUCGCGGCCGGAAUAUCGUCGUUAGGCAUUUCAAAACGGCGUACAGAAAAGAGGUAGUGCGACAAAUCGUUCGUCAACGAGGUCGGUCGCCGGCCAUCGACCUAGACCAAGCCUUGCGGUAUAUCGCCAAAUCGUGGAGAGCAGUUGCGCCCAAAACGAUCAGGGAAUGCCUACGGAGCACCUGGUCCGACAACCCGGCCGGAGACGGAAACGAACGACACUCGUUGUGGUCGGCCAUUGUUAAAAAAUACCACUUGAACAUAAGAGAAACUUUCGGUGCGUACGUUCAAGUCGACGACGACCUGGCCGUUAGGCUCACCAACGUUACACGUGUAAGAGAAUGCAGCCCAAGAGAUGUGGGUGUGGACACUCUGGAGUCCGGAAAAAACACCACUACCAGCGUUCUUGGUGCUCUAGAUACACUUAAACGUUUUAUCCAACUCAACAAAGGCAUAUCGUCAAGCUACUUUGAAGCCCUAGCAGCCUUAGAGAACGUUAUAAACGAUAAUGUGAAGAGAAAAAGAAGUAAAGAAAACCUUCAAACAACAAUAACAGAUUUCUUUGUAUUAAAUAAAACACUAUAAUUAACACGUUAAUUUUAUGUUGAUAAUAAUCAUCACGUCCGAAAUGGUGAGAACUGUUAUUAAUUAUAAUUAUAUUUUUGUUUUCUUUAAGAGACAUGUAGCCUGUAGGUGUAAUAAUUAUUCAUUAUACUUUAUUGAGCAAUCUUUUCAAUGUUAAGUCUACUAUACAACCUAAUAAUGCUAUACCUACUACAUUGUAAAUUAUAGUAAACAUUGUAUCUAAGUGUACACACCGUAUUAUAGCCUAAAGGUACACUCGAUUGAUUUAUAAUCGAAGUGAUUUAUAAUAAUUGAAUUAUGGCUAUUUUUUAAGUAUACCACACUGAUAUUGUCAACAUGCUAUAUAUAUGCCGUUAUUGUAAUUAUUGAAAACCUUAGUGUAUUUUAUUAUGUAGACACAUCACACAAUAAUACAACCGUUAUGAAUACUUUUCCCGAAUAAAAUAAACGUGACCAAAACUCCUAACAAUAUAACAGAUAAUUACUUCUUUAAGUAUUUCUAAAUGAACAUUAACUCAUAAUAAUUAUUCUCACCUAAUUUUAGAAACGAUUGUAAAUUAAGAAAAUUGUAACUAGCUAAUAGUCGAUUUAUUUGCCUUAAGUUUUAUACAAUGUAUUAUGUAUUAAGCCAGUAUUUUACUAAUAACUGCUCUGAAUAAAAACAAAACAUACUUUUCCGCACUAA